GCUGUUGUACUUUCUCUUUAUUUUUUCUCAUCUUUUUCUACUGUCAUAUCAAUCCCAAAGUGUUUACCAGUGUUUACCCAAUUUUAUACGCAAUCACACACGACAAGAAUAUAUUUGAAAUCUAUUAUAGUCAAGUGUGAUAAAUUUAAAAACCCGCCAAUAUAAUAAGUGUACUACUACCUGUUCCAUCAACACAUCUUGCGACUUUUGAAAAAAAUAAACAUAAGCAAGAUGUUUGUCAUGUUAUAUUAAACUUAAUUAUACUUAAUUAUAGUUUGAAAUAAUUUUUGGUAUUUAUUUUCUCGUAGUUGUUUGGUUUUAACGCGAUUUUAUAAAGCAAAGUCUAAUUAUGUGCAAAAAAUAAUGAUUAUCACAUAUGAUAAUUACCAGAUUAUUAUCUAAAUAAAAACGUAUCAUUUUGUUGAAAAAAUAUUCGGAUAAUUAUUAGUUGUUAUUGAGGUAAUUAAUAAAAAUGGACAUUCAUCAAGACAACGAUACUUGUAUGAUACAAAUGACCGAAAAAGAAGAUGAAAAUUUAAUUGAUAAUUCUGGUAUUGAUAUUAAUUUUUCCAAAAUUUCUUAUACACCAAGUAAACAAAAAAAAGAAAUUUUAAAAAAUGUAAAUGGUUAUUUUAAAGCACAAUCUCUGAAUGUUAUAAUUGGUAAAUCAGGAGCUGGUAAGACAAGUUUAUUGUCAGUUAUUUGUGGUAAUAAAUCAUCAAAUGUAAAAGGUGAAAUUUUACUAAACAAUGUUAUUAAAAGUCCUGAAAUAUUGCGUAAAACAAUAUGUUAUAUUCCUCAAGAAUUUGAUUUGUUGCCUUGGAUGACAACAAGAGAAACAAUUUAUUUUUCUGUAUGUUUAAAAAUUCCAAAAAAUUAUGGACAAUCAUUUCAAACAAUUGUAAAUCAAGUUGCUGAAAAAUUGGGACUCAAUCAUUGUUUGGAAACAAUGACAGAUUGUUUAAGUGGUGGUGAAAAAAAAAGACUAUCAAUUGCUAUUGAAAUUGUAACAGAUCCAUCCAUUCUAUUUUUGGAUGAACCAACAAGUGGAUUAGACAGUACAUCGUCUAAUCAAGUAAUAAGUCUUUUAAAAAGUUUGGCUAAUUCUGGUUGUACAAUUGUCACGACAAUUCAUCAACCAAGUAGCCACAUGAUGACUAUGAUUGAUGUGAUUAUGGUUUUAUCUGAGGGCCAAAGUUUGUACUGUGGACCUAAAAAUAAAAUUAUUGAAACUUUUAAAGAAGCUGGAUUUAUAUGUCCACCUUUUUAUAAUAUUUGUGAAUUUACUAUUGAAGUUGCUACUGGUCAACGUGGUGGAGAUCUUGAAACAUUAAAAAAACUAAGUGAAAAAAAUUAUCAAUCAAGUCAUUUGAGUCUGAUAGAGUUGGAUGAAGAAAAACUUGGUAAAAAAUUGAUGAAAAAAAAAUUAAAAGUAUCUUACAUUGAUGAAUUAAAAGUACUUUUGUGGCGUGCUAUUAUUUGCAUUUUACGAGAUAAUUUAAUGACUACACUUCGUCUAGCUGCACAUGUUUUUAUUGGACUUCUUAUUGGCAUUGUUUUUUAUAAUUUUGGUAAUGAAGCUGAUAAAAUUCCUAGCAAUAUUGCAUGUAUUUUUUUUUUUAUUUUAUUUUUAUUUUUUGCAAAUGCUAUGCCAGCUGUUGAAAUGUUUCCAAUUGAGGCGGGAGUUUUUUUUCGAGAACACGUCAAUCACUGGUAUCAUUUGUGGACUUACUAUCUUGCAAAAAUUUUAACAGAUUUACCACUUCAGAUUAUUAAUCCAACGAUUUUUCUAAGUAUUGCCUAUUGGAUGACAGGUCAACCGAUGGAACUUGAUAGAUUUAUGAAAGCCUGGUUAAUAUCUUUUUUAAUCACGAUUUUGGCUCAAUCAUGUGGAAUUUUAACAGGAGCAAUAUUUGAUAUUCAUGUUGGUGGUUUUCUUGUUCCUGCAGUAAACAUUCCAAUGAUUUUAUUUGCUGGAUUUUUUUUAAAACUCGGUGAAAUACCAAUUUAUCUUCAACCUCUGAGUGUCAUCAGUUAUUUUAGAUAUGCCUUUGAAGGUUUUCUUCAAGCAAUUUAUCUUGAUAAUAAUAAACUUCUUAAUUGUUCAACAAGUAUUUGUCUACUUCAAGUACCAAAAAAAAUUUUAAAAUACAUGGACAUGCCGACAAUUUCAUUUUCAACAACAAUUUUCGCACUUAUUGUUUGGAUAAGUAUACUUCAUAUUUUAAUUUACACUGUAUUACGAUGUAAAUUUACUAGUUUUGUCAAAUAA